AUGAGGAUUGUUAGGUCGCCGUGGGCGACCUUCGCCCUGGGAGCUGCUGCCGGCUCGUGUAACGACGGCCAUGCAGGUCUGGUGUCUUUAGGUGCAGAAGGCGAGGAGCAGGAGAAGCAGCAUCACGAGCAGCACCUGAAACCACCUGAAGAAACACCUGACGCAGUCUCAGUUCCUGCUGCCAGGGGAAUGUCUCGUCCUCCUGAGUCGCAGCACGGUGCUACUAGCAGUCAGGAACCUUCUAGUGGGGGGGAGACACGUGGCAGUGGCGGAUUGGAUGGCCAGGAUCUUGCCAGCCUGGCAGCGGCUGAUGAUGACAUCAUCGUGGAGCAAUUCACCAGGAACAUUCAAAUGUUUGGUCUGCCCGGCCAGCUGGCAGUGCACCGGGCGUUUGUGGUGGUGGUGGGGCUGGGGGGAGUAGGCAGCCAUGCUGCUGCUGCGCUGCUAAGAUGCGGUGUUGGCCGGCUGAGACUCGUCGACUUUGACCAGGUGUCGCUCUCCUCCCUCAAUCGCCAUGCUGUUGCCACACGGGCAGAUGUGGGGAUCUCCAAGGCGCAGUGCAUGAGGGAGCAUUUUCUUCGCAUCCUGCCCGAAGCGCAAGUGGAGGGGAUGACAGCGAUGUACACGGAGGAGAACGAGGAGAAAGUUUUGUCCGGGCAGCCCGACUACGUUGUUGACUGCAUCGACAAUAUCGACACAAAGGUGGCUCUGCUCUCAGCCUGCGUGCGUCGCGGUCUGCCAGUCGUCAGUGCCAUGGGGGCAGGCGCUCGGGCCGACCCCACUCGCAUCCGGAUUGCUGACAUCAGCGAGUCGUCUAUCGACCCUCUCUCACGCGCGGUGCGGCAGCGGUUGCGCAAGGCACUGGGAGCAGCAGCAGCAGUGGAGGCGGUGUUUUCCCUUGAUCGUCCUAAGGCCAAGCUGCUGCCUGUGGGGGAUGGGGAUGGCUCCCUGCAGCCCGCUGAUUUACAGGUGGUCCCAGGGUUCCGUGUAAGAGUCAUCCCCGUGCUGGGCACCAUUCCUGCCAUGUUUGGCCUGGCGCUGGCGACCCGUGUCGUCACCUCAUUGGCCGGAAUGGACGUGGGGUUCGAGCCGGUGUUGAGGCUCAGUGCAGACCAUUACUCGCUGCUGCACCAGCGGCUGGUGGAGAGAGAGGAGAUGCGGUUUGGCUCGGCGAGUGAAGUGGAGGUGGACAUGGAUGACGUCAUGUUUGUGGUGAGGGAGGUGUGGCGCGGCCGCAGCGCGUGGCAGCAUCUCCGGGAGAAGGAAGCUGCUGAGAAGCUUCUUCACAGCCGGCCGGGCGAAGGCGAGGGCAAUGUUGGAUCACAUGAGGAGGAGAAGACACGGGGAGAGAAGCGAGAGGAGGGUGAGGAAGGGGGGGAGAUUCAGGGGCAGGGAGAAAUUGCAGGGGGCACUCAGGAGGAGCAGGGAGAAAGUGAGGGGGGCACUCAGGAGCAGGGAGAAAGUGAGGGGGGCACAGGGGAGACGAAUCUGGGAAAUGGACAAAAGGCGGAGGAGCAACGAGAAGAGGAGCGGAGAGAGGAGAGGAGGCAGGAGAAUGGCACUCAGGAGCAGGGAAGGAGCGGACAGCAGCAGCAGAGGAAGAAGGGGGAGCGUAGAAAACAUGCUGUGAAAGCUGCUGGUGAAGGAAAUGGGGGUGGUGGUGGAGGGACAGGAGGAGGUGGGAGAGGAGGUGGGGGAGGAGGAGGAGGCAUGGAUAUUGGGCGAGCAAUCUGGCGGUCCAUGGGACACAUGACUCUCACCAGGUGGAAUGCGGCCCUCCCUCCCACCAUUGACAAUCUCGUUCUCUUCACAUUUGAUGAGGCGGAAGCACACGAGGCAAUGCCAUUGGAGCAGGUGGAAUCAGAGCAGCCAGAGCUCUUCCGAUUGGUGGAUGCCACACUGGAACGAGCUCGGAGAUUGUACACAUAG